AUGGAAUUAAGUUCUGAUGAUUUAGAUCAAUUGUUUAAAGGAAUUUGUUUUAAAUUAGAAGGUAAAGAAGAUUAUUUAGUUGAAUUGAUUCCUAAAUUUUAAGAAAAAUACAAAACCUUCCAACUCUAAGAAUCCAAUAAAAAGUAUAUGUCCUAUAUUUAUAUUUAUAGGUUAUUAGGUAGAUUCUAACUUAGACUCUCAGAAUUGAUGGAAAAAUGUAAGAACCAAAAUUAAUUUGAUUAUCUUGCUGCCAUUCAAUAGAAAUUAGUAACAUUUAAUUUCAUUCAAAUUCUCAAUUAAAUUCAUAACUCAGGAAUUGAAAAUAAAGUUAAAUAAUUAGUUUCUUAAAUUAAAUAGCCUACAGAUUGGCAAAUAUAUAGUAAAAUCAACAAAUCUUUGUUUUAGUUUUACGAAGAUCCCUUUUGGAAAUUAUAUGGCAUUUUGUAAUUAAAUUAGUAUGAUUAUUAUGAUAUUAAAGAGAAAAUAUUGAUAAUAUGAUACUUUACUAUCAAUCAAAAUAAGAUAAUGUUGAAAGAUUAUUCAAGAUUAGUUUAGAAAGGAAUAAAUAAUUUCUUUACAUCUAAUAAUAAAAAUAUCCAUUAUUGACUACCAUUGAAAAUAAGGCAUAAUAAAUUAACUUUUCAUAAAUGAAUUUUACAUUGGAAACCCCAUAUUAAAAUAGAAAUAUUAGAAUGUUUGGUACUCUAACUUAAAAUCGGAAAUUCAAUAGAUUUAGUUCUACAACCCCAAAAAAAUAUUUGAAAUCUAAUAAUGCAAUAAAAGAUUUUAGUCUUGAUAAUGAUUUCGUAAUAAUUGAUUCUUUAAAUAAAAGGGCUAGAAUAUAUUCCUAAAAUAAAUCUAAUAGUAUAAUAUUUUCAAAUUAAACUGUUAGAGAAAAUACUGAUCAUUCAUUUUAAAAAAAUAAUAAAUUAAAUGGGUAAAAUUCUUCACAUUAAACUCCUUAAAAUAAAAAAAAAGUUAGUUCGAUUGAUUUAAAUUGUAAACUACUUAUCAAUUAUUAGAAUCCUUUAAUUAAUUUGUAAUAUCAAGUUAAUCAGUUUCUCCUAAAAGACAAUUUAAAAAACCCAAAAUCAAUUAAAAUCUAAAUUAAACUUUUUAUCAGUAAUUAUUUCCAUAGUAAAAAAAUACAAAUAGAGCAUUUCUAAUAAUGAGAAGCAUUUUAUUUAAUGAAUCAAAAGGAAUUCGUAAUCACACAUGCUCUAAAACAUUAUUUAAUUAGAAGUACCAUAAAAAUUGA